UGUGUAUUUUAUUCCAUAAAUGUUGCCAUACUGGAAAUGUUUGUCUGCCUUUGUGUCUUCUCUUAAGUGUGUAAAAAUGUCAGCCAGUUAAGAUUAACGGCAAAAACGAGUUAAUUUUCAGACUGGCUUGAUAGGGAGUGUGAAAAGUGUAAGGAGGCCCCCUAAUGAGUCCCCACAUGCAGGCAGACACACACACACACACACACACACACACGCAGACGCGCUCUCUCGCAGUCCGGAGCCGGUUUUGCAGUGUCGCAGAAGGUACCGCUGGAACCCCGCUGCCCAGCGUGCGUGGGGUGCAUUUGAGGGAGACAGAGGGUACAGUCCCCAGAAUGCUGUGACUCUCCCGGGAUACAGUCAGGAUUAUCCCUCCUCCGAUCUGGGAAAGAAGGAUCAACCAGGGUGCACGUGCCUCUCUCUCUCUCUCUCUCUCUCCCUCUCUGUCGUGCUCUCGCUCUCUCUCUCUCUCCCUCUCUCUCUCUCUCUCUCUCUCUCACUCUCUCCGUGAGUGUUUGUUGGAGGAGGAAGAGGGAGGGACAGUGCCUGUGUGCUUCCCUGUGUGUGCUGAACAAACACGCACACGUGUGCGAGCGAGCGAGCGAGCUUCCAUGUGUAUGUGCUGGGCUGUAUGGGUGAACUUCCGCGCGCGUGUGAAAUUGAGCUGUACGGGUUCGUACGGGUCAGUUGGGCUGUACCGGUUUCUGCGGGUGACUUUUCCAGUACCGGUUAGUGCGAGUGAGCUUCCGCGUGUCUGAGCCGGGCUAUACAGGUUUUUGCGGCGCUGGGCAAACUGGUCUCCCGAUGGUCGGCGUUCCUGAGGAAUGAAAAGCACGGGAGUGUCGGAGGGAAGACACGGCAGAAACAUUCCGGACUCCGGAGCGCUCCUCAGAUGACAUUGAGCUUCUCGAGCACCCCCCGACCCCCCUUUCCCCCACCGCCCCUCAGUGGAUCCGCAUUCCUCCCUCCCUCCCGCUCCCUCUGCCUCUCUCCGGAGGAGUGAACGGUGCAUUAAGGAGGGCUGCUGCUCUAAGAGGAUCAAUAGCUUAGCUUAGCUGGCUGCUGACGCGCGGCGUGCCGACCGCGCGGCUGACCAGGCGGCUCGGACCGGACCAGGCGCCGCCGGGACACGCAGAUGACCGCACGUGCUCAGAGGAGGGCAGGAAGAGUCCGCUCGCAGCCGCCCGCCGUGGCCGCAGUCCCGCCGCGCUGCCGGGACGGGGGGGACCCCCAAAUCGACGUGCUCUUCUCCCGCAGACGGCUGGAGCCCCCUCCCUGUCGCCGGCUCGCUCCCUCGCUCUCUCUGCCCCUCUCUCCGGACCGCGCGCACGGAACGCCACGCUGAGCUCGGCGCCAGGAUGCGUCAGCGGACCCCGCCGGCUCUGGGCAGAAGGAACCCUGGGGACGCGCAGGAGCGGGGGACCCCCGCGUGAACCCGGGCCCGACGGCUCCUCGCUGCGGACGGCGUCCCCGACUUUACGGCUCUGACUCUCAACAGGAGUUUGCUGUGUCUUCUUUUUUUAAAUUUUUUUAAAAACAUUAUUUAUAUUUUUAUUUUUUACAAGAGCGCCGCCCGCUCAGCGGGAUCGGUUUGCCUCCGUGCACGGACCUGAGAAGCUGCUCGUUGGGCUUUGUUGACAUUGGAUAUUUGGGAGGUGGGGGGGGGGGACUCCUGGGUGCGCGCUCACAUGUGCUUGCGCUCACGUGGCUCCAGUGGGAGGGGGAUGACAGAGCCCCCCCGGACCUGCGGACCCCCCGCACGGCGCCGCUUGUUUCCCUGAGUGACGGCGGCAGCGGACGCAGCCUCAGCGCUAAUGAAGCCCGGCCGCGCGCACAUGGGACGGGAAAAGAAGAUGAUGCACGUCAACAACUUCCCCUUCAGGAGGCACUCCUGGAUAUGCUUCGAUGUGGACAAUGGCACGUCCUCGGGAAGGAGUCCCCUGGAUCCCAUGACCAGCCCGGGGUCGGGCCUCAUCCUCCAGGCCAACUUCGUGCACAGUCAGCGGAGGGAGUCCUUCCUGUACCGCUCCGACAGCGACUAUGAGCUGUCCCCCAAGUCCAUGUCCAGGAACUCGUCCAUCGCCAGCGACAUGAAUAACCACCUGCAGAGACCAGGCUUGGUUUCUCGGAGAUCUGAGCCCGUUAUUAGUGGAAACCAUGGGGAUGACCUGAUUGUAACACCAUUCGCACAGGUCCUGGCUAGUUUGAGAACCGUGAGGAAUAACUUUGCCACAUUAACCAACUUGCAGCAAGUUGACAGAGCCUCAAACAAACGGUCACCCAUGUGUAACCAGCCCCCAAUCACAAAGACCUCCUUCACAGAGGAGGCCUACCAGAAGCUGGCCACAGAGACGCUGGAGGAGCUGGACUGGUGCCUGGACCAGCUGGAGACCCUGCAGACCCGCCACUCCGUCAGCGAGAUGGCCUCCAACAAGUUCAAAAGAAUGCUGAACAGGGAGCUCACCCACCUCUCGGAGAUGAGCCGGUCUGGAAACCAGGUCUCAGAGUUCAUAUCAAACACAUUCUUAGAUAAGCAGCACGAUGUGGAGAUGCCCUCUCCCCAGUCUCAGAAGGAGAAGGACAGGAAGAAGAAGCCCAUGUGUCAGAUCAGCGGUGUGAAGAAGCUCAUGCACAGCACCAGCCUGACCAACUCCAACAUCCCGCGCUUCGGCGUCAAGACCGACACCGAGGACUCGCUCGCCAAGGAGCUGGAGGACAUUAACAAAUGGGGCCUUAAUGUUUUCAAAGUCACAGAGUUUUCGGGGAACAGGCCUUUAACGGUGAUGAUGUACACAAUCUUCCAGGAAAGGGACUUGCUAAAAACCUUCAAAAUCCCCUUAGACACCUUUAUAACCUACCUGAUGACCUUAGAAGACCAUUACCAUGGAGACGUUGCGUACCACAACAACAUCCAUGCUGCUGACGUCGCUCAGUCCACACAUGUGCUGCUGUCCACCCCUGCUCUAGAGGCUGUGUUCACGGACCUGGAGAUCCUCGCUGCCAUUUUCGCCAGUGCGAUUCACGACGUGGACCAUCCUGGCGUCUCCAACCAGUUCCUCAUCAACACCAACUCAGAGUUGGCUCUCAUGUACAAUGACUCGUCGGUGCUGGAGAAUCACCACUUGGCGGUGGGCUUCAAGCUUCUGCAGGAGGAGAACUGUGACAUUUUCCAAAACCUGACCAAAAAACAAAGACAAUCCCUGCGCAAGAUGGUCAUCGACAUCGUCCUCGCUACUGACAUGUCCAAGCACAUGAACCUGCUGGCUGACCUGAAGACCAUGGUGGAGACGAAGAAGGUGACCAGCUCCGGGGUUCUGCUCCUGGAUAACUAUUCGGACAGGAUACAGGUCCUGCAGAACAUGGUGCACUGCGCGGACCUGAGCAACCCCACCAAGCCGCUGCAGCUGUACCGCCAGUGGACCGACCGCAUCAUGGAGGAGUUCUUCAGCCAGGGCGACCGCGAGCGCGACCGCGGCAUGGAGAUCAGCCCCAUGUGCGACAAACACAACGCCUCGGUGGAGAAGUCCCAGGUGGGCUUCAUAGACUACAUCGUGCACCCCCUGUGGGAGACGUGGGCCGACCUGGUGCACCCCGACGCCCAGGACAUGCUGGACACGCUGGAGGAGAACCGGGACUGGUACCAGAGCACCAUCCCCCAGAGCCCCUCCCCCACCAGCGACGACCCCGCCGAGGGGCGGCCCGGGGGGGCCGACAAGUUCCAGUUCGAGCUGACGCUGGAGGAGGACGGCGAGUCGGACAUGGAGAAGGACAGCGGCAGCCAGGCCGAGGAAGAGGAAGAGGAGGAGGAGGAGGAGGAGGACAACAGCUGCAGUGACUCUAAAACGCUUUGCACUCAGGACUCUGAGUCCACCGAGAUACCCCUGGACGAACAGGUGGAGGAGGAGGAGGAGGAGGAGGAAGAGGAAGAGGAGCUGGUGGGGGCGGGCGUCUCCACCGAGCCUUGUGCUGUGGUCGAGGAGGAGGAGGAGGAGGAAGAGCAGGAGGAAUAGCACCCUGCCGACGCGCAACAGGGCAGCCUCUCGAAAGGAAAACUGUCGUAUUAAGUAACAGACAAAUGACAAAUAAUAAUAAUAAUAAUAAUAAUAAUAAUAAUUUCUGGUUUGUUCUAUGAAAGUUCCAAAGCGCACGUUGCACUCCACAACCCUUGGCCACUCCUCACGCUCCUCAGCAGAGCAGGGUAACCAGCAGCUCGCUGGUACUUCUACCAUUUUGCACUCAGGAAUAUUUAGUCGUUUAUUAUUUUUUUUGUUUGGUUUUUUUUGUAGGUGUUUGUUUGUUUUGUUUUGGGACUGAGGUUUGUUCUCAUUGAGUCUGACCUUUCGAGGUCACCAAGAUGACCUUGUUCCUCCCUCCUAACUGCACGCUUGCCCCCCACCCCCCCUUUUUUUUGCAAACAGAACUGAAGUGUUCCUGAAUCUGCAUUAACACUCUUCGGAUGGAGCAAAUGGUGAAAAUCAGUGAUUGUUUUAUUUGUUUUUGUUUUAUUUCGGUUUUUUUUUCUCUCAAAAUCAGUUACAAUACUAUUGGUGGAAAGUGCUGAGCUGCAUUCUGAUUGGAUGCCCAAUGGAUGCCCCUGGGGUAGGGUGGGGUGGGGGAAAUUGCCAUGGCGACUGGUGAUCAUGCAGAACGUCAGGAGCGAGGUUCUGUGUGGAUUUAUCGAGACACUUUUCUAAUUUCAAGUCUUCCUUGAAACCUGACUGAAAAAAGAAGCGUACAGCCCUGAAGCUGUUUUGACCUCUUGAGUUUUUUGUAUUGUAUGUAAGAUGGAGAUCUUUUGUAGAUUUUACUUUUGUUAUUGAAAAAAAAAAAGAAAAAUCGUAUGGAUACAUUACUGUAUAUUUAAAAGAAUCUUUGAAAAUUUCAUCUGCCAUUUGCUUUUUUGUAUUUUUAUUUUUGUUUUAUUUUGUAUCGCGUGACUCGCAGGCGUGCUGUGGGAUGUGAACGGCACCCUGGGAAAUGUGGUUUCUCUGUGUGUAUUUUUUUAACUCUCUGCAGGAUAGCUCGUGACUUUGACACAAUUGUUUUGAUUAUUGUUUCUAUCAUUUUAAGUAAGCGGGUUAUCAUCAGUUCAGAGGGCUUUUGAUUGAGAGGAUGUAUCUCUAAUUAUGUGCGUACAACCACCAUAUUUUAUGAGAUUCAAUUCGCCUUUGACUUUGACAAGUCACUGAUGCCUACAAAAACUUAAACUUCUGUGAUAUGGUGAAUCUUACAGUGGAUUGUAAGGAAAAACACUUUGGGUUGCCCUCUCUGCCUAAAUGCUAUCAGCUUACCUGUGUACUGUGCAUAAACCACACAGUGUUAUUAUUCGCACACAAUCAAUGCUUGUCAUAAUCAGUUAAGAACAGUUACUCCCUUUUUGUGUUUUGCGUUAUGAUUGAGUUUUGAACAUGGAUAAGCGCUUAAGUUUUGGCGGUAAUGGAAAAGUAGAACACCCCCCCCCCCCUUCCCUCACAGGAGCCCACAUGACAAUCAGUCACAGAGGUUAGAUUCAAACGCAGGGAUGGGGGUGCUGUGGGAGGGGCUUCUUGUGAUCGAUGCACCAGUACUCACAGAUUGACAGUUUUUCCCGUUUUCUUUGCCAAAUCUGCACCCUGUAUGCUGGGCUUGCAAAAGGCUGUGCACACUACCACCAUAUUCAGCAAAGUGGCUUCUGUUUUCUUCUCUUAAAUAGUUUGAUUCGGUUGUGUUAUUCUAUUUUUUGUGUGUCACUGUUUUGCCAUAAUUUAAAAAUGGUACUGUAGAUCAUUUACUGUAGCUGAUAUAACAUUAUCGACUCGCAAGUUACUGUAACAUUACCUUAACGUUACCCAAACAACUUUUUCCCUGGUCACAGUGAGAGUAUGUACAUAGAACAAAGGUAUCUUUUUAAGAAGAUAUUAAUGAAAAAAGCAAAACAAAAACUUGAAUGAAUCUGGCUUUUAAAGAGUGCUUACUGGUUAAAAAAAGAGCUUAUUUUUAAAUGUGUUAUUUUUAAAUUAUUUUAUUUCAGUGCCAUGCUUUUUUUUCUCACCAGACAACCUUACCUGCAAUGGAGUUUUCUUGUUUGUCUCUGUUUACAACCAUGUAUUUAUUGUGCUGUACAUACAAUGUAAUGUUUAUUGUAAAUGACCGAUUCUUACUCUAUAUCAUCCCUUAUGGAGAUGGUGUUGUUGUACUUGGAUAACUCUUGUUGAGAGAAUGUUUAUUAUACAUACCUAUUCAAAUGUAAAGUUGAGCUUCUGUAACACGUCACCUUAGAGCUUGUUUAUGGAGAAGCGGGGAAAGCCAAACGAUAUUAUGAAUUUAAAUUUUUUUUAAAAAGCCGCAGGUUGUUGGCCCCAGGGCUGUGCCUUAACUUUGAACAAUGUUUUUAGUUUCAUGCUUUUUCUGUUAUUUCCUCUUCCUGUUUACUGCGUUAGAAGAGAUGGGCAUUUCUAAGCCCCGCCCUCUGCCUCAUUGCCAAGGCCAAAACAAGCUGUACGUGCAAAAACAAAAAAAGCUAAGACCUAGAUACGUUUUUUCAUUUAAAAAGCUAAGACUUAGAUACAUUUUUUAUUUAUUUAAAAAGCUAAGACUUUUUUAAGCUAGGACUUGGAUACAGUUUUUAAUUUUCUGCCAUUUUGCUGCAUUAUUCCAGAGACACUAGAGCAGGGUGGGGCCAGUGGAUAGGGCAUCCAGUGGCCCCGCCCCCUAGCCCCACCCCCCACCCCGAUGCGGGACCAGGCCUGGUAUGCAACACAGUGGAAUGCAAUAUAACACACACACAUACACACACACACACACGCUCACUCGUACACAUACAACUCUCACUCUCACACUCUCUCUCACACACUUGCACACUCACACUUAUCAUCUCACUCUCACACACACAUACACACACACACGAAGAAAACUCCUUUACACAUUCACUGAAACACACGCACACUGUCCAGUAUUCACACACAUAGUCUCACUCUCACACACACAUACCCACACACCACUCUCUCUUUAUUCACACACAUAGUUUCACUCACACACACACACGCACACUCACUCAAAUCUCUACUCGGAGGAGAGUAGGGUAGAUGAGACGUGUGUGUUUCGAGACUGUAGACCCUUCCUUGUGUUUUGCUUUGACUCUUCGCGGUGUUACAGGUGGAGGGGAGGAAGGGCUUUCAGGUGCUGUCCCUGUGGGCGUCCCUCUCCAGUCCUCAGGGCGUGUGCCCGUGCCGUGAUGGGAGUGUCUGUUUCCUAAAGAGCCUGUUUUUCUGACACGCAUACUGUAGAUUUUAGCAGCCCUGGACCAAAGCAAUCGGUGGCUUUUAUUAUAAAUAUUUUUUUUGUUCGUUUUUUUUAAAAAGUAUAUAUAGUAUAAAAGGGAUUCAUGAACUGUAAAAAAAUAUAUUAAUACACCAGAACAACCAUAAGUUUGUUUUCUAGAGGUUACAUCUUUAGAAUGCCAAUCUGUUUGGAGAUUUCACAUGACAAUUAUUUUAAUGGAUUCCUUGUCUCUUACAGUCUAUUGGAUAGAACUGUAGAUCACGCUCUGAACCUUCAGAAAAAAAAAGAAAAAAAAACCUGAAAAAACUUUUUUAUAUGCAACAGAUGAAAUAAAAGCAUGGUUGAUUCCGCCUAA